AUGUCCGCGCUGACGAAAGAGAUUGUUGAGGAGAACCCUCGUGCACAGUUAACAAUGAUUAACGAAUUCAGACAACUCAGCGACGCCUAUGGAAAGAUUGGGCCACGAUCGAGGAACUUUAGUGGUGAUGUAAUGCAGGUGCAUACAUUAGUGAACGAAAUGGAUUCAACACUGAGCUCAACACUGAAAGCGACAAAAGAAGGUGUCCUUUUCCCAGUUUAUCGUACUCAAGGAUAUGACUCUUGA